AUGACUCUCUAUUUCACCUCCAACAAAUCCGUCGAGGUCAUCGACCCUCUCAAGCAAGCUGGCCAACUACCUCCGUACACCAUCCAGACCGAAAACACCGAGUACUACCAAACUGAGCAGCAAGAUCGCGAUGCUUUUACUUCCAGCAAGCCGACAGUGGGCCAACGGUUUCAUAAGAUGAGCUCCAAAGCUGGCUCGCCGUUGAACAAAGCUGCUCACUUUGUUGGAGCUGAGGGAUGGUGGCCUUCCACUAUGGACAAGGAGUGUAGCAAGGCUGCUCGAAUUCUUCACUCUUUUACCAGUCUUAGCUCGUCCACAUCGCCUAGUGCCAAGGGCCCUCUUCACCCAACGGGUCUCACUCGCAAAUCACUUGUCAAAAUCCCCCCUCCCGUCCUUCAACGUGCUGCCGGUCUCGCCAUCUUCAAUGUGCUGCGUGCCGGAGGAUGCCACGGCUCGCUCUCUGGUGGCUCCGGUAUAGUCCUCGCACGCCGUCCAGAUGGAACAUGGUCUCCUCCCUCUUCAUUUGUAGUAAGCACUCUCGGUGCUGGUUUUGUCUUUGGUCUCGAUCUAUACGACUGCGUCUGCGUUCUCAACACUCCUGAACAAGUCACCGCUUUUACAAAGCCUCGUCUCUCACUCGGUGCAGGGGGUUCCGUUGCCAUCGGACCGGUCGGAACGGGAGCCAGUGUCGAUACCGCUCUGAGUAAGACUGUUCAACCUGUGUGGAGUUACAUGAAGAGUCGCGGUCUAUGGAUUGGCAUCCAGAUUGACGGUACCAUUGUCGUAACCCGGGGAGAUGCCAACGCCACAUUCUAUAAUGAGAGGGGUAUCACGGCGGAGAAGAUCUUGCACGGUGAUGUCGCUUGGCCCUUGGGUGCUAAGCCCCUAUUCGAAGUGCUCCAAGCUCUUGAGGGUCGAACCGACUACAACCGAAUGACUGUGCAGGCAGUUGGUGAAGCUCCUCCAGUCGACGACUCAACUCUAUUCGAAAAGGAGAGCUAUUCCGAUGAGCAUAAGAUCCAAGGCUCGGAGAAGCAGGGAGGUUAUACUGAUGAACGUCUGGUCCAAGAAAGUCGCCAACAGCCAAUGCCAGAAGGUGCAACUCACGAUACCAAGGAAGAGCUUGCUGAGUAUGAGGUUGUGAAUACCGAGGAUCGAAAGGAUAAAGACGAGAAGAUUCUGGAUGAGAAGGCCAGGCUUGCCGCAUCGGGAUACUAA